CACCAACGUGUUUCUUCUGUUAUUGAUUCCGGUUCUGGCUUGUCCGUUGGAAAAGCCCCUAAACUGGUGAUAAGUUUUGGUGGAUCCUACGGGACUACAGGGGCUCCGCCAUCGCUGCCCUCAAUCCCACGCACCCAGCUUAAGUAUAGGGGUCACCGAAAAGCCGGUAGCAUUACUGGCAGUAGCGCCGCCUCAAGCAGUAGCAGCAGUAGUACUGUUAGUAGUUCCAGCGAGACUGAGGGUGAAAGCAUGCGCGAUGAGGAUCACGAGGUCCGCAAGUCACAUACAGGUUGGUUCACUUAUUUCAAGUUGUUUAUAUCCUUAUAG